AUGUCAAACCCGCCACUCGCCUUCCGCAAAGCCACGCCCGCCGACGUCCCGGCGCUGCUCGCGCUCGUCAAGUCCGCCUACCGCGGCGAGGACAGCCGCCAGGGGUGGACGACCGAGGCGGACUUCAUCACGGACGAGCGCAUCGACGAGGCGGGCGUGCUGGCCAAGAUCAACGCGCCGGGCGGCGUGGUCCUCCUCGCCUCCGAGCCCUCCUCCCCUACCCUCCUCGCGUGCUGCGAGAUCCUCCGGCACCCGGAGCCGAGCGACCUGUCGUACUUUGGCCUGUUCGCCGUCAACCCCAAGCUGCAGAACGGAGGGAUCGGCAGACGGAUGCUGGCCGAGGCUGAAAGACUUGCGCGGGAGGAGAUGGGGGCAGCCCGGAUGGAGAUGACGGUUGUGUGGCUGCGGGAGGAGCUGAUUGCCUGGUAUGUGCGUCGGGGCUAUGUGGUGCAGGAGGGUGAGAAGAGGCCUUUUCCUUAUCAGCAUCUUGUGAACGGCAAGGCAUUGAGGGAUGACUUGCAUUUCUUGGUGUUGCAGAAAGCGUUGGCUUAG